AAACACUAUUGAGCCCGCCCUUAAUAAAUACGGUCUAUAUUACAAUCAAUGUGAUAUGUGAUUGACAAGUAGGACGAACGGCUCUUUAGCGAGGUGGGGGUGGUUACCGGUGGACCUGUGACGUCGUAUUAUAACUUCGUGAUACAUCUUACGCAGUUCCAAAUCAUUUGUGUUGUCAAACCGUUACUAGGAUAACCCUACAACCAACACCUUCGCAUCGGAACACAAUUUAUCGGCAUAUAUGGGUGGUCAGUCCACUGCAGUGCACUUGUAGAGGCCAGGCGCAAAAUGUAUAGAGAUCUACCAAAAAUUGGUAACUUGAAUUCAGGAGGCGAUAGCAGGUGUAUAAAGUGCUGAGAUUAUCAGGCCUUUCUAGCCAAACGCUUCAAAGAGCGAGUGCGCUCAUGUGGAAACUAUGCAGAUACUGACGUUUUCAUGGAUACUAUUAGCUGUGUCCCCUGUUAUCAUAAGCGGUCAACUUGAAAAGCAGAUUGGCAGUAAACGAAGUGUGAUACUUACGUCUAUAUUAUUGCAAGAAAGGCGCUAUGACAGAAUGUCCAAAAGGAGAGACUCGGUUGUCAGCAGGCCGAUGCCUUACGAAUGUUGUCCAGCGCUGAGGGAACGUAUUGAACCAUAUGGAGGAAUCUCUAGAGAGGGCAAAGUCCUGGAGUUGUACAGAGACUCGAGAACCGUACAGACGUUUUACCAGACUAGGUGCCGUCCCUGGGUCGUCAACGGACAGUGUCAUUAUCUUGACGUCCGGGCGAAGAGGUACUCUCGGUGUGUGCAGAAGUACACGUAUAUGUACGGCAUAGUAAAAGACUACAACGUGACGCAGCCAUACAGGGUGGACUACAUUAAAGUUAAAUCGGGGUGCACAUGUGAGCUGGAUUUCCAUCGUGAUGCCACCAGAUAUGGUUAGCGACACUGCAGAACCUGUGUUUAAAUCUUGUCUUUCAAACCACGGUUGUGUAACUGGCGGCUCACCCGGCUCAACAGACCGAUUCGUAUGACAAACGAAAAGAUUCCAUCGUGUUCAAGAGCAAAAUGGCGUCACUCAAUCACCAUCUCUAUCAAUGUAAUUUGCUGGCGAUUUAAAGAACUUGUUGCAGAUGGUUCCAUAGCCAUUGGAGCUUGUUGCUUGCCGAUACACGGUCUACGAAUCACCUUAGUGCUUACACUCUAAGAUGCGACAAGGCUUUCAAAGCAGAAGCCGUCAUCCAAUGUAUCGAGAAAUUAACCGGCGGAGCCCUUCACUUCGCGAAGACAGAUAUUCGAAAUUUGGCGUCGACAAAACUGUCAAGGCUAAGGAGAUGUGCCUGGGAAGUGAUUGGUGGCAAACUACGCAGUUAUCAACAUAUCAUCCUUAUUGACCUUACGCUGAAGGUGAUUCGCGAGGUCAAACAGCGACCUCUUUACAAGGUCAUUGAAUUUCAUUCAUGGAAAUAUUCUGUAAAGACCUUUGACCGCCAGGUGAUGUGACAGGUCAUCUCUAGGCGGGCGGUUCUCAUCUCUUGGUGCCCACAGCCAUCACCUCAAUCUCACUGUGGACUCUUCUCAUUACGGCUGUUCGAUUGGAGAGGUUGGGGUCGCGGUUAACCUGACUUUGACUGUGUCAUGGGUUAAGCAGUCAAACUUAGUAUUGACCAGAUUGUUGUUAGAUUGUUGAACUUGGUCUACUGUGAUGUUGAUCCCUCCAAACGAUCAUGUCACGAUGUUUUAACCGUUGUACGCGGUAAUGUACUGAAAUACUUUCUCUAUUGUAAACUUCUGUAAAACAAGAUGUAAAUUUUCUUAUCCAUCCAAGGCUUUACAAAUUGACCAAUAUUAAGUCAUCUGCAAAUAAAAUAUUUAUGUGAA